AUGAUGAGCGUACGCGUAAAUAAUUUUAACGAAAACUUUCUCAAUGAAACCGAAGGUGACUCGAACUCGGUGCUUAUGGACCUGGACAAGGGUCUACGGUCGAACAAAAUCGGUGACCAGUGUGAAGCAAUCAUCCGGUUUCCGAAGCUGUUCGAAAGGUAUCCCUUUCCCAUCCUGAUCAAUUCAUCGUUCCUGAAGCUGGCGGAAUUUUUCCGCAUCGGAUCGAAUCUGUCGCGGCUGUGGAUUUUGCGCGUUUGUCAGCAAAGUGAAAAGCAUCUCGAAAAGAUCAUAAACAUCGAUGAGUUCCUGAAGCGCAUCUUUAUGGUGAUCCAUUCGAACGAUCCGGUCGCACGUGCACUAACGCUGCGGACUCUCGGUGCGGUUGCGUUCGUAAUAUCGGAGAAGCAGCACGUUCAUCAUGCGAUACGUAUGGCACUGGACAGCCACGAUACGGUCGAGGUGGAAGCGGCUAUCUUCGCAAGCGUCCAAUUUGCCGCACAGUCGAAAACGUUUGCCGUAGGCAUGUGCUCCAAGGUGGCAUCGAUGAUUGAGAGCUUACAAACACCGGUUAACAUGAAGCUACAUCUCAUUCCGGUGCUGCGACACAUGCAUCACGAUGCAAGCACGGCCGCACUAGUGCGAGCUCUCUGUCGGGAUCUGCUGCCGAAGUAUCCGUCCGUACAGUUUGUGGUGGAAAUCAUACGCUCAUUGUCACAGCUGUCCUGUGCCACGCUGGUCGAUAUACCGGAUCAAGUAGAUUUGCUGCUGGUGUACCUGCAGGAUCCACGGAAGCGCGUACAAUCGACGGUUUUACUUUCGCUGAAGAAGUUGGCCGAAAAAGGAGCCUAUUUGUGGCCAAAAACGGCCAUCAGCCGGCUGUUGCAGCUUACCGCACAAUGCAGCAACCAGAACAUGGCGCUGGAUGUUAUACUGACGCUUACCAAAUGUCCACACACGUGCCAUACGAUGCUGAACGAAGAGCAGCAACAGAUACUGGACGUGUGUAAAAACUGUCUCCUGAUGGAGAACGAAAGCGGUGGCCGUGCAAUGACGAUCCUGACCAGCCUCAUCACGUACUGCCACACGGAAAACAUCCCACCGCCGGUACACGUGCUAGAGUAUCUGGAUAUGCAUCUGGAGUAUCUCAUACAAGCGUCGCUGCAGAAAAAAUCCUCCCUGAAAGACUUUCGCUUGUAUCUGAAGUGUGGCGUGCAGCUGUCGAAGACGAGUCGUGAAAUGGGUGAAAGCUUUGCCGAGAUGAUUGCCGAAAUGCUAAGCGAAGAGCAUUCCUCGUCCACUGCGAGCCACUCGAAGCUGAUCUGCGAAGCAUUGGGAGCGAUCUGUUCGAAUGUGAUCGUUUCGUGUGAUUUUUAUGAGGAUCAAAAACCCGGCACGAGUCCUUUCAGUGCAGUUAUGCAACAUUUGCUCAGGAAGCUGGAAACGCUCGCCAAACCCGGUGCAGAAUUGGACAAGGAGAAGACAAAUAUUGUGGAGCUUCUGGCAGCUAUUUGUAUGCAGGCAAUGCUUGGCUCUUUCAUGCCGGAUAAUGUGAUUGCCAUCUUCAUGCGACUGCUUCAUACUACGAACCCGUGGACACAGUAUCGUAUCGCACGGUCAGCCUCCCGUUACGGACAACAUUUUCUUGCCGCUAUGAUUUACGAGAAGCUGUCGAAAAACAUUUCAUUGGAGAAUCUGCACUUCUAUCUGGUUGCGCUGAGUCAAAUAUCGAAAGCGGAAUGCAUUCUGAACCACGGCCAGGAGUAUGAAACACUUGCCCAGAAGCACAUUAAACGGGAACCGGGUGAAUCAUUGGCUGCGGCAGGAUUUCUCUCAUUGAUCGAUCGACUCGAGAAGGCGAUAAAUCUGUACUGCAUAGCACUGUCCACCCUUAAAGCGAGUUCAUCACCACAGCAUCCGUUGGGGUUCCAGUCGGAAUUGAUUCGACUGCGCUGCAUGUUUCUCGAGGUGUUGCAUAGUGUGGUUAUAACGCGGAAUACUCUGUGCAUUACGCCUCCCUCGGAAAUCUCACAAACGCUCGCUCAGAAUUGUCGAGAUCCACUGCAAAAAUAUGGCCACAUCACAAACCAACUGCGGAAGCACGUGAAGCUGUUGAAAAACUGUGAAGAUGCAUACAACCGUCUGUACAAAAGUUCGUUCGAUGCAGACCCUGGCACACUGGAACAUUUGGAAGCGGUACAGCAUCUAUGCGCCACGUUGCAGCUAUCGAUCGAAACCAUUUCCUUGAUAAAUCCGUCGGAAACGCCCAAAACUGCACCCCAAUCGAGUCAUCCGGAGACCCGAUACCUGCUGUCCGUGUGUCGAACGGUUCUGAAACAGCUUCAAUUGAUUCCGGCCGAAGUCCCGGGAGGAACGAAGACGCUCACCCACGAGCACACGGACAUGAUGAUGAAACAAAUUGAAACGGUGGUGCGGUCGUCUCACUGUACACCGCGGUUCUUCUUUCAGGUGCUGCAAAACACGGCCGUCAAGUUGGCUCUUACGCCGCAACCAAGAGGCACGGGUGAACCGGUGUUUGUGCAACCGAACAGUCAUCUGGUGGUGAAGGUAGAAGGUGUCAUCCAACACUACGGACGAACGCCAUCCCUUUUCCGAGCGAUUAACAGCAUACAGCUGACACUGAAUUCCACCCUAAUGACAUCACGGCCGAACGAUGUGAAGCUGCUUUCGGACAGUGUCACGCUGACGCAGGUUGUGAAACCGCACAGGGAUUUCUUGAGCGGUAGUUUCCUGAUCGCUCUUAACAAUACGGCCCACACGUUCAAUGGCGGACAGGUUAGCUUGGGUGGUCAGUGGCAGUUGAAUCUUGAGACGUGCAUCAUUGACGAUAAUGGAGUAAUGUGGCAAACCGGACCGAAAAGUACGUUGCUCGUGCGAAUUCCGGAGGAUAGUCACAAGCAGGUGAUGGGAAUGCAAUCCACCGUGAGGAGGUUUUAA